AUGUCAUCGUAUGUUGAUAACGGUUCUUCUACCCGACCACCUAUGUUUGAUAAAGAUGAUUUCAGUGGGUGGAAAGGUCGUAUGUCUUUGUUCCUUGAAUCCAUUGACAACAAUAUGCCUGACAUCCUUGUGGAUGGUCCUUAUGUUCCUACAUCGACUGUUGUGAUUGAUGCUGUGGCCAGGGAAGGUCACCCAACCAUUCCUGCCACAGUCAAAUCCAUUAUUAAGGACAAAGUAGAUUGGGGAGAUGAGGAUAGGAGAUUGGCCAACUUGGAUGUGAAGUUACGUAACUUCAUUGUCCAAGCUGUGUCUAAAGACAUUUACCAUUCAAUUAAAAUGUGUUCUACAACAAAGAAAAUGUGGGGUACAUUGUCAUGUUUGAGGGUUGCUCUACUUCCAUGGAAUCUACCAUUACUACUCACACUAGGAGUGAAUGAUUUAGCUGCUGUUGGAAUUACUAAGAAAACUGAUGUCUUGAAAAGUAAAUUUAUUGAUUCAUUACCACCUAAAUGGGAUAAUUAUAUUUCUUCUGUGAAACUAAGUUUUGUGUAUCAAGAUCUUGAUCUCCCUGGACUUUUUGGUUUACUUCAUAAUCAAGAAUGUUCAGAAGCUGAGAAACUAAUUGCUAUGGGUGAUUCUUAUAGUCAGCCUGCUAGUGCACUUGUUGCAUCUAUGACUGAACACCCUAGUUCAAUUUCUAAUGAGAUCAUUCCAUGUAUCAAUGAAUCUGUUCCUGUGAUUUCUAACACAAAUUCUGUUUGUUCUGAAUCUGAUGUUGAUGAAUCUGAUGGUGAGGACUUAGCCAAUGAGGUGGCUUUGUUAGCUGAAAGGAUAAGAAGGAGAUCAUUCAAUAAAUUCAAAGGAAAAGGUAGAAGUGGGCAAGCUGAUAAGACCAAGAAGCCAUUUGACGUGUCCAAGGUCACUUGCUACAAGUGUGGUAAGCCUGGACACAUGGCUGGUGAUUGUAGAUCCAAAGAGUCUUCUCAAGCUGUGCCAUCCAAAGGUGAAAGAAAUGAAAAAUACUCAAAGCUGAAGACCAAAUACAAGGCCUUGAAAGCACAAGUGGUUGAGCUGAGUAAGAAAGUUGAAAAAGAUGAGAAGAGUCUGAUAGCCAAAGACUGGGCUGAGAGUGCCACUUCCUCUGAUGAUGAGAAGUAUAAGGAUGCCAAGUGCUUUAUGGCUAAAGAAAAGUUUGCUAAAGAUCUUGUCAAGAUUCAACAGCAAUCUGAGUCAGCUCACAAGGCAUCUUCAAGUCAGACUGCUGCACCUGAGGUAAAUAUCUUUUCUAAUCUGUGUGACAAUGAAAAACUGUCAAGGCUAAAUAGACUUGGUGAUGAGGUUCUCUUGCAAAAACACUUUAAUCAAGAACUUAAAAAGAAAAUUUCAAUUUUAAAACAAGAAGUAAGCUCAAACAAUUUCACCAUUGAAAAGCUUGAAUCUGAAGUAAAAGCUCAAAAGCAAUUAAAUGCUAUUUUGGUAACUGAAGCUAAAACUUCAGAAAAAAAGUUUUUGAAAAUCAAGCAUAUAACUGAAUCAUGGUGCACUGGUUCCAAAAGAGCUGUAAAAUGUGUUAAUGUGCAAGUUCCUCAUCAAGUUCAAGCUAUUUUUGAUGACUAUCUGAGAAAAAAAGUUAAGAUUUCUAAUGACACUAAUUUACUUACAAGUGUGUCUGAUUCAAAUAUUGUUGAUCAAAGUAAAUUAAGGUCUGAAUGUAAGAAAUCUGGAAUAGGCAAAGGUUUUGUUCAAGAGGAAACUCUAAAUGUUGCAAGAAAGAAUUUCAAAUCUAGCAAGGGUCAGCUUAAGCAACAAUGGGUUUCUAAAUGUGAUAAGAAUAUUGGUUCUGUUUCCCAAUCUGAGUUAGACCCUGUGGGCUAUCACGAUGCACAUACCUGGCACUUGGAUAGUGGGUGUUCCAAGCAUAUGACCGGAUGUAAGUCCCUGCUAUGUAGCUUUAGGACAAGCGCUGGUCCUAGUGUUACAUUUGGAGAUGAUUCCCAAGGAAGAACUGAAGGAUUUGGCAUUUUGUCAAAUGGUCCCCUUACUUUUAGAAGAGUGUCUUAUGUGAAUGGCUUGAAGCAUAAUCUGAUAAGUGUGAGUCAAUUGUGUGAUGCUGGCUAUGAAGUAAGAUUCCAAGCUGAUAAGGGCAUUGUUCUGGAUUUGGAAGGUUGCUCCAAGCCAGACUGCUCUCUACUUGAAGAUGACAAUAUUGAUUUUGAAGAACUGGCUGUUCCUGAAAAUGAGCCUCCCUUUAAUCCACCAAUUGAAAAUAAGAAUGCUCAAACUCAGGGGGAGCAAGUAUUUGAAGAAGAAGAGUUACUUAUUUUUGAAAAUGUGCAAGCUGAUCCUUCUCAAGAAAUUAUUCCAGUGAAUGACUCCCAAGUUGACUCUGUUCCAUCAACUCCAAUCCAUGCUGACCAUUUGAUUCCUCAAAAUGAUCAAGCUGGAACGUCUAAUCCAACUGAGGUUGCUGAAGCUCUGUCAGAUCCAUCUUGGGUAAAUGCGAUGCAAGAUGAAUUAACACAAAACAAGAUGGAUGAAAGAGGAGUUGUGAUCAGAAACAAGGCAAGAUUAGUAGCUCUUGGAUACAGACAAGAAGAUGGGAUUGACUAUGAUGAAACCUUUGCUCCAGUAACAAGACUGGAAGCCAUCAAAAUAUUUUUGGCUUACUCUGCUCACAAAGGCUGCUGCAAGAUUGAUAGAAAAAGUACUUCUGGAGCUUGUCAAUUGCUUGGCAAUAGACUUCUACAAGAUUAUGAUGUCACUGCCUCAAAGACUCCUAUCUUUUGUGACAAUACAAGUGCCAUAGCAAUCUCCAACAAUCCAAUACUUCAUUCUAGGACCAAGCAUAUCGAUAUCAGAUAUCACUUCAUUAGAGAUCAUGUGAUGAAAGAAGAUGUUGAACUGCAUUUCAUUCCAACUGAGAAUCAGCUUGCUGAUUUGUUCACCAAGCCAUUGGAUGAAAAUAGGUUCAAUUUUCUAAUAAGUAAGCUGGGAAUGCUAAAUAUGUAA